AUGACGGAGUUGCAGAGAGAAUGUCAGGGUGACUUCCUGAACUACAUGAGGAUGCCACCAGAAACGUUCCUUGAACUGUUGCAGCGCAUCACUCCGAGGAUAGAGAGGUCCUAUCGCUACCGGCAGCCACUGGAUCCUGGGCUCAAACUGGCCAUCAACUUGAGAUAUCUUGCGACCGGCAACAGCUACAAAACCCUGCAGUAUGCCUUCCGUGUUGCCCAUAAUACCAUCUCUCUGUUUAUACCAGAGGUGUGCCAGGCCAUCAUCACCUUGGAGGGAAAACACGUGGCCAUCAGAAAUCCACCAGGCUCUGGUACGAUCUACUACAACUACAAGGGUUUCUACAGCCUCAUCCUCUUGGCCCUAGUUGAUGGCAGUUACAAGUUCCUCUGGGCUGACGUUGGUAAUCCCGGUUCAUCAUCGGAUUCCCAGGUCUUCAACCACAGCCCGCUGAGACGUGGACUGGAGAAUGGUACUCUUGGCCUGCCAGAUCCAGAGCCCAUGCCAGAUGAUGACCGAGACACCCCUUACUUCUUAAUUGGGGACGACGCCUUCCCUCUCUGUACAUGGAUGCAGAAGCCGUACUCCAACCGUGAGCAGACCGACGAGGAGAGAAUCUUCAAAUACCGUCUCUCGAGGGCUCGCCGUGUGGUGGAGAACAGCUUUGGCAUCCUUGCCCAUCGCUGGAGAUGCUUGUUGAGUACCCUACAGCUUGAUCCAGAAAAAGCCAGGACAGUCAUUAUGGCCUGCAUGUGCCUCCACAACCUAAUGAGAGAUCGUUUUCCUGGGCUUCAGAACAUUGACGUUGACCAUGAAGAUGAGUUGGGCAACCACAUCCCUGGGGCAUGGAGAAACGCAGCAGUUCUGCAGGAUGUUGAACGAGUUGGCGGAGGCUACCAGGCAAACAAAGAGGGCAAGAAGCUGAGAACUUACUUGAAGCACUACUACAACAGUCCAAUUGGAAGCCUGCCCUGGCAACAACACAUGAUAUAG